UUCUAUCCACUAUAGACUCCAGAAAUAGGUAAAUGCUGGCACAUGUCGGAAGGCCACUGUCAAAGAUACCUCAAGUAGAUGGGCAAACUCCUGAUCCUUAUGACGAGAUGCUUUCUACUCCCAAUAUUUACAAUUAUGAAGGAGUCGUCAAUGAAGAUUACAACAUUGCUAGUACACCAGCUCCAAAUGACUUACAGGGAGCUACUCCUGCUGUUGGACUUCAUAAUGAUGUUGGAGACGAUGAAGAUGAAGAUGAGCCACCGUUGAAUGAAAAUGAUGAUGAUGAGGAUGAUGUGGAUGAGGGAGCUGAGGUAGAAACUAUGUUUGCAGUUUGUAGUUUUGUGUGGCUAGGUGACACGGACGAAGAGCAGGUGGAAGUGCACACUUGA